AUGAAAAUGGAGCGCGGACCUAGCUACGCGGAGUACGAGGACGGUGCGCCGCUCAAUGGGGUCAACAGGACGCUCGCAUCCAGCUCCGACGGUCCCAUCAAGCGCGUCAACAUGCCCACAACCACGGGGCGCAUCAUGGACCGCAAGGACGCGCUGUUCAAGCGCUCUAAGGGCCAGUGGAAUAUUCGUCGACAGAAGGUGCCCCACUACUGGAAGCUCUACAUGCAGGACCCUUUCCACUCCGUGGUCAACAUGCGACUGAGCAAAGUAUUGGGAUCUCUCAUGCUAGCGUAUAUCGUAGUGCUCACCGUGUUCGGCGCGUUGUACAUGACGCCACCUGACGAGUGCAAGCUGGCCAUUCACACGUUCUUCGACGGCUUCUCUUUCUCCGUCUCUGUGCUCUUCACCAUCGGUUUCGGUACCAAUGGUGGCGAUGUCUUCUUUGGACGAUGCGUUUGGGUUCAGACCAUCAUCACUCUGGAGUCGCUAAUGGGAAUUUUGCUCGAUGCCUUGGCUAUCGGAAUUAUCUUCCAGCGGUUCUCACGUGCGCAGGCCCGUGCCAACACCAUUGUGAUGAGUACGCACGCUUGCGUUCGUCGUAUCCGUGGCCACUUGUACUUCAUGUUCCAGGUGUGCGAAAUGCGCAAACACCAGCUUGUUGAGGCUCAUGUUCGCAUGUACGCGGUCCGACACGACGUGGAGUUCGGUGAGCAUUAUUAUUUUCAGUCGUACCCGAUGCGUAUCCAGCACCCUGAUGACGAUCUUGGUGGUAUGCUGCUUCUGGCCCUGCCUUCUGUCGUUGUCCACCGCAUGGACGCCUGGAGCCCACUGCUACGGCCCAAGAGUGCCGAGACGUGCGGUCUGCAUCAUAAUCCCGCGAGAGGUUACUUGUUCCCGGAGCCUCUGUGUCGCGAGGCCGACGCCCAGAGCGGAGACCGGGACACCUCGGUACAGGUUAACCAGGCCACCAACUCGGUGCACAACACGUGCCGCUGCGCUACUGGAAACGCUGCUAUGGGUGACGUGCACGCUGCCACGCAGCCGCCGACCGUCGAGGAGAUUAAGCAGUACUGGGCCGAGUCGCAGCUGGAGGUAGUGGUGCUUGUGGAAGGCAUCGACGCUGUCACGUCGGCGACAAUUCAAGUGCGGCACUCAUACAAGGCAGAGGACAUUUUGUUCAACCACCGCCACACGAACUGCGUGGACGUGGACCCGGAGACUGGCGGAGCUGUGAUUGACUUCCGUCGCUUUCAUGAAACGAAACCUGUGGAUCCCGAGUGCAACAAGGUCGCUGGCAGCUUUUACUGA